AGAGGGAGAGGGAGAGGGAGAGAGAGAGAGAGGGAGGGGUAGGAAAAGAGUGUGAGAGGCAGAGAGAAGUAAAGACGCUGACUUGUGACUUGACAAAAGAGGGCAGGUACCAGAGACAGGACAAUGAAGGCUGGUGUGGGACUCGUCUCUUCAUUGGUCCUGUUCCUGCUAAUCGGAGCAGUGUUCACCCAGAGGCCUCGGCCAAAGAGGCCUACCAAACGCCCACCYACAACCAGGAAGCCUCCAGUCCGCAAACCUGUAGGGCCAACAGAACCAGAGCCUCAGGAGCCCACUGACUUCCCCCCACCCAUCCUGGGCCCACCUUCCAUCUUUCCUGAUUGCCCUCGAGAGUGUUURUGCCACCCAAGCUACCCGAACUCACUCAACUGUGAGAACCGCAACCUCCGUAAGGUCCCGAUCAUCCCGUUGAGAAUUCACUACCUUUAUCUCCAGAACAACUACAUCUCAGAGGUGACUGCAGAAGCCUUCAACAACGCYACUGAGGUCCGCUGGAUCAAUCUGGCAAACAACCGCAUUCAAAAAAUAGACAAACAGGUCUUUGAGAAGAUCCCAGCACUGCUGUAUUUGUACGUGCAGAAAAACCAGCUCAAAGAAGUCCCAUCAGGCCUCCCUGCAACACUGGAACAGCUUCGUCUUGACAGGAAUCUCAUUUCGAAGAUUCCCGCUGGAGCUUUCAACAAGAUGGAGAACCUGACUCUACUUGACCUGCACUACAACCAGCUGAGUGACAUCAACCUGGGAAAGAACACUCUGAAGGACCUGAAGAGCCUCAUGCAGCUCAACCUGGCUCACAAUGUUUUGAAGAAGAUGCCCUCUGGCGUGCCGGGCAACAUCAUUCAGCUUUACCUGGACAAGAACCGUAUAGAUGACAUCCCAAAAGAUUACUUCAAAGACUUCACUCACCUGGCRUUUGUGAGACUGAACUACAACCAGCUGAGCGACAAGGGACUCCCUAAGACUGUGUUCAAUGUGUCCACCCUGCUGGACUUGCAGCUGGCCCACAACCAGCUUACAGCGAUUCCCUUCUUCAACAGUCACCUGGAGCACCUGCAUCUCAACCACAACAGCAUUGAGAGCAUCAACGGCACGGAAAUUUGUCCUUACGAAAUGCAGGCCGACCUGAGUGACGACAGUCUUGUGCCAAGGCUAAGGUACCUGCGUUUGGAUGGCAAUCAUUUGCAUCCUCCCAUACCUUUGGAUGUCAUCAUGUGCUUCAGACACCUUCACUCCAUCAUCAUUUAGGAGCCUUUCAGACGUAAACCCACACACAGAUGAAAGCAGUGAAUUCAGAACAAAACAAACUCAGUCCAGUACUGAGUUUGAAGCUUGCACAAGCUGCAGAAAUGUGUCACUGAGGCAACACAAUACAGUUUGACACAGCCAGUGUUUUAAUUUUCAUUUUCAAAGUCGCAGCAAGAAUCCAUUUGUCAAGCCAAGCAUUUGGUUUGACUUUGAUUUGAGCAUACGAACAUUUAGCUUGAGGGUUGCAUGGGAUUUUCAGUUAAUCUGUGAAUUACUUUUAAAAAGAGUGAAAAAAAAUACAAUAAGUCGACUGAAACUACAGGUCCACUGACAGAGAAGCAGACAGAGGAUAGUUGUGUUUGUCAGCAGAUGUGCUCAAUGGACAGACCUGCAGACUGAUUUUCAAGGUUCUCAGUGUAAAAAUUGUCUUUCUGUUCUUCUUUAUCAUAAUUUUAUGUAUAUUAUUCCUCUGUAUAAAGACGCUUUGUACAAAUAAUAGGAAAUAAAAUGUAUUUGGUCAAUUUA